GAGAAGAUAAGCACGCCAACAUGAGAACAGGCAUGGCGACCUUGUGGAGGCAGCCGAGCCUGGAGUUCGACGUCAAGGUCGUGAGGGUGGCUGGCAUCGAGGCGCGGCUCGAAGGCAGCCUCUUCGUUAGGUACUACGUCCCGGCCGGCGACGGAAGGCGACGGAUCCGCGUGGACACGCGGGAAGUCCCGUGUGGUGGCCCCGGAGACGAUGUUUGUUGGGGCGAGCUGGUGCGCUUUCAGCUGGCGGGGAACGGCCAAGGCGCCGCCGUGGCCACGCCGAGCAAGGUCGCGUUCGAGCUCCGGUGGAGGCCGCGUAUGUCGGCGUCCGGGCUGGCGGCGUUGCUGGGGACGGGGAGGCCGUCGUCGCGGGUGCUGGCGCGGGCUGAACUCGCCGUGGCGACGAAGUCAGCGUCCACGGAGAGCUGGCUCAGGCUCUUGCCUGUGGGACGGGAGCUGGGCGGCGGGUGCAAGGCGCCCAAGCUGCAGGUCGAGGUCAAGCUCGUCAACGGCGCUGUCUCUGCUGCCCGUAAUAUGGCUGUGAUGGCGAGGAAGUCCGGCAGCGGCGUGAACCAGUGCUGCCGUGGCGGCGAGAGCUGCCGUAGCUGCGGGUGGGUUGGGACAGAGGAAGACAUGUUCCUCGCGGCGACGUUUCCUCACUAGAAGAAGUAACAAGAUUAUAAUGGCAAAACAAAAGCA